AGAACCGCGUGUGAUGAAAAAAAAUCUUUAAAAUUAUAAAUAUUAUAAGUGAAAGUGAACCUAUUAUACUCUUGAUACAGUUCUGACUGCAAAAUAUGUACAUUGUUCAUCGACUUAAUGUGAAAUAUCAGCAAUAUUUGUACUCAAAAGCAUAUGACAGCACAUAAUUACCAUCUGUGAAUUUUAACGCAGCUACAGUGAUGUAUGUACAUACAUACAUACAUCUUCAUUCAUGCAUAAAUAUAUGUUGAUGGUUCAUCUCCCAAAAACAUCCAAAGACAACAUUUUAAGUCGACCUAGAUGUAUACCCACAUAGGCGUGCUUUUGCAUGCUUCGUUAUGAAUAUGGUAUUGAACGCUGUUCGACGAGAAAUGAGUUUAAACUGUAUAAUCAAUUGUCUAUUAGAUGGUCAACCCAAGCCGCUAAUAAAGUCGCACAAUAACAAAAAACUGACCGCAAAAAUAUCAUUUUCCCAAAGUGGCCUGUGAGCAUUCAAAAUCAUUUAUAAAAUAUAACCGUACAAUUGUUACUACAUGUCGAAACGAUUGAUAACUUUUAUAAGGUUGUGCUAACGGAUGCACUAAAGUCUCGACGAAACACAAUCCUUGAUUCCAAUAUUGUGCAUUUUAAGCUGCUUGGGACAGUCAACACAAUACGCUUAUCCCUGUGAUUUUGAUAUCGUAAUGAAUUCAGUUAAAGGUGAUAUAAAGAAGCAGCAGGAGACAUAUUGGGUAUCAAAGAGAAAGCUGCUCAAACGGUGCUACGGUCCGUCAGCGGUGUCAAAGUCGGUUAACUGGUGGACUGUCGUCAGCGUCCUACCCAGCCGGAUAAGGAUAAGCUUGGAUAUUUUGCAGAAGGAUUACGUCAAACAGUUCUUUUUCGAAAAGCGCGUUGGGAGCGGAGGAGCCUACGAGAUCUCAAAACAAUAUCGGUUAUCCAGUGCCCUCUCAAACUUUGGAUGAUUAAAGAGCAUUUGGGUUAACAGCCUUGCAGCUUACACCCCUCCUAGGCUCACAUGUUUACAUAGAUAACAUUUUCAGUUGGCUAUCUGAAAAGUAUAUCGCAGAAAUCGCAAUUCAAAUUUUCAGAGCUUCCUCAGGCCUAAAUAAUUGGCGAUCCAGCAUCAACGUCCAUCCUUUCGUUUCCCGGUGGCCAGUUUAAAGGAAAACGAAAAUGAUAUCAGUCAACUUCCCUAGGAUUUCAUGUUGCAUCGCAAUUAAUGAUUGUAAAGUGCAAACGUUUCGCAGCUGACAUUACAGCAACGAAAAUUUCCACAAGCUCUUAAGGAAUGGUCUGCCCUGCUUCCUGCAUAAUAGACAACCCGAACAUAUAAACCUACUUUAUUAUCUGCAAAUUGUUAAUGAGGCUCUGAUUUACCGAGUUCUUUCCUCGUUUAGAACAUGUCUGCUAGCCAAAGUGAAGACGCAGACAAUGCAGCUCUUCGUCCAGAGAUCCUGCAGCUGCAAUCUUUGUCAAACGCCACUGUAAACUCGGGAGAUCUGGCCCCAGAGGAAUACUAUCCCUUUUCACGAAUUGCCACCAAAAACAAUCGCUUAAAGCUUAAUUGGUGGCACUCACCCACACAACUGCAAAAUGUGGAAGCAGCAUUCUUGCAGCCUCAGAAAAGGGAACAAAGAGAACAUAUACAUGACAAUGAAAUCAAUUCCGUGGAUAAUAACAAUACCGUAGUUCAUAGCUGCCUUAACACGCCAACAAAGUUAGUUUCCGUCCUUCAGCGAAGUCAGGCCGAUCGGGAUCAGAGGGAACUGCUCACAGGCAACAAAAAGAACGAGACGUCAUUUGACCCAGGCGUUGAGGAAUUUGAUACGAUGGAUUCUCACCGACUUGUGGAUGAACCGAAAUUAUUGAAUGGUCUAUUAAAUCAAGAUCAGGAGGACCAGAUGAACAUAACCGGAUAUCGACGCUGUUAUGUGCGCAGUAUUCUCUGCUGGCUCUGCAUUGUUCUAACUGGAGGCCUACUACGACUCGUGAUGCACUGGUGGCGCCAUUGGUACUUGUUCGCUACAUGUCAUCAGUGCCCUCUAGAUGAGGCAGAUCAGGUGUUGAUAGUAGAAGACUAUCAGGGCAAGCAUAAGCUGUACCACGUGAAGAGCGUUCGCGUUUUAAAUAUAAAUCAUCUGAAAUCGUUAUUACUAAAGGGAUAUCCAAGAAUUACUGAAGUCGACGAUAAUAAUUUGCAAAUCUCAGUGCAUUUUACAUCAGCCCAGUUCAAAAAUUGUUCGUCACUUCGGAUAUUCCGUUGCAAGCAAUUGGUAUAUGCGUGGGACAGCACACUAAAUUGCUUUAAUAAAGUGAAUGGCCUCGAUCUUAAUGUGCCUUGUUCUUACUACCACCAGCAACGUGGCUUAACAGUGCAUGAGCAGCUAUCCAGGCGCAUAGUUUUUGGUGAAAAUGAGAUAACUGUUCCAUUGCGAGAUGUUAAAACACUACUCUUUCUGGAGGUGCUUAACCCCUUCUAUGUGUUUCAAAUAUUCUCGGUUGUCUUGUGGUUUACCUACGACUACUACUAUUAUGCUUGUGUUAUCCUCUUAAUGUCUAUCUUUGGAAUAACCAUGUCAAUUUUGCAAACAAAAAAGAAUCAAGAUGUACUUAAAAAAACGGUGCACAACACUGGGAAUGCUUUAGUUUUGGACGCAAAGGGUGUUUCCAAAGAGUUUCCAACCCAAACUCUUGUACCGGGUGAUAUAAUUGAAAUACCUUCAUCAGGAUGUACAAUGCAGUGUGAUGCAGUAUUAUUAUCUGGCAACUGUAUUCUAGAUGAAUCGAUGCUUACGGGCGAGAGUGUGCCGGUAACUAAAACGCCUUUGCCUCCAAAGCGUGAUAUGAUUUUUGACAAGAAAGAACAUGCCAGACAUAUACUUUUUUGUGGAACAAAGGUUAUUCAGACGCGGUAUAUUGGAUCUAAAAAAGUAUUGGCUUUCGUGAUUAACACCGGUAACAUAACAGCAAAAGGAGAACUAAUACGGUCCAUUCUUUAUCCGCCACCCGUGGACUAUAAAUUUGAACAAGAUUCAUAUAAAUUUAUUCAGUUUUUGGCAUUAAUUGCUUGUGUUGGAUUUAUUUACACACUAAUAACAAAGAUAUUGCGGGGAACGGAUCCGGUAAAAAUAGCUGUUGAAUCUCUGGACCUAAUUACUAUAGUUGUACCUCCCGCUCUCCCAGCUGCAAUGACUGUUGGUCGCUUUUAUGCACAGAAACGCUUGAAGGCCAACGACAUCUUUUGUAUCUCUCCACGGUCGAUUAACGUGGCAGGUAGCAUUAAUUGCUGUUGCUUUGAUAAGACUGGUACCUUAACGGAGGAUGGGCUGGAUAUGUGGGGUGUGGUCCCUAAAUCGUCCACUAACCAAUUUCAAAUACCAUUAAAGAACGUGAAUCGUCUGCCUUAUGAUCACUUUCUUUUUAGCAUGGUAACGUGUCACUCGAUUACUGUACUUAAUGGUACGUUGAUGGGCGACCCACUGGAUCUUAAAAUGUUCCAGUCAACGGGGUGGAUACUUGAGGACUCAUCAAAUAUACCGGAUAACGAGAAAUAUGGGCUAAUUUAUCCAACCAUACUACGACAACCAAAAGACUUCUCCUCUAAUACUUCGUCACAAACUGAACCAGGAAAUCGACGGCAGUCAUCAGUGGAAGAUCUAUUGGCUAAUGUUGGUCUGUCACAGACUCAGAAAAGCUUUGAUCAUGGGAUUGUUCGAGAAUUCCCAUUUACCUCAAGUCUUCAAAGAAUGUCGGUCAUCACUCGUUGUCUUAGUGCGCAAGGAUUCAAUGUAUACUGUAAAGGGUCUCCGGAAACGUUACAGCAGCUGUGCAGACCUCAGAGCUUACCAGAUAACUAUUCUCAACAGUUGUCGACGUUCGCCAAAAAGGGCUAUCGAAUUAUAGCCUUGGCAUUCAAGGCUCUCGCUCCAAAGAUUAAUUAUACAAAAGUUCAGCGAUAUUCCCGUGAGGAAGUUGAACUUAAUCUAGAGUUUCUUGGCUUUGUUAUCCUAGAGAACCGACUCAAGCCCGAUACCACAACGGUAAUACAUGCACUAAACGCAGCCAAGAUAAGAACGAUAAUGGUGACUGGAGACAAUAUUUUAACUGCCACAAGCGUUGCACGGGAUUGUGGCAUAGUGUCUCCUGAGCAGGCGGUAAUAACAGUGCACGCCGAUCCAGUUGAUGUGGUUUCUCUUACAAAUACACAUGCGCAUAGUAGUAAUACUAGUCCCGGUAUUACGAAAAGCAUAUCCGAACAUAGGGAAUACAACCUUCAGUACACCUUGGACUUGGGGAGCAAAAACUGUGCUUCUCAUUGGAAAUCUAAGUGCAAUGGAACUACUGUAACACAAGAUAUCAACUUGGGUGGUAAUUGUCCUUCAACCCUUUAUCGGUUGAUGUCUGCAAAUUCGUUAGCUAAUGGAUUGAGCACUAGUUAUUCCGAAAGCAUCUUUCCCAACAGUGAUAGCGUGGCUAGUGUAAAGACCGUGGAUACAUGGACCCAUAACGAGGCGAUGGACGUUGACGUGGAGCUCGGAACGGAACUCACACAAGACGAUAACUGGCGGCAUCAUUAUAUAUUUGCCAUGGAUGGUAAAACGUGGCAAAUUGUUAAGGAACAGUUUCCUGAGAAACUAGCGAUCCUUUUAACGCGUGGAGCUAUUUACGCCCGUAUGUCGCCCGAUCAAAAGCAAGCACUGGUAAUGGAACUUCAAAAAUUGGAUUACUGCGUGGCCAUGUGUGGUGAUGGUGCCAAUGAUUGCGGUGCAUUGAAGGUAGCACAUGCUGGCAUUUCGUUAAGUGAGACCGAGUCGUCCAUUGCCUCACCGUUCACUUCGCGUAAUCCCACGAUUGCGGCUGUGCCAAAUGUUAUAAAGGAGGGUCGCGCUGCUUUGGUCACAUCGGUUGGCAUUUUUAAAUAUAUGGCAGCAUAUUCUCUGGUACAGUUUAUAUCUGUGAUGAUUCUGUACUCGAUCGACUCGAAUCUAACAGACAAGCAGUAUCUUUAUGUUGACCUCGGCUUGAUAUCAAUAUUUGCCUUUUUCUUUGGUAAAACUGAAGCGUUUGAUGGCCACCUCGUAAAACAGGUACCGCUUAGCUCGCUGAUAUCUCCCUCGCCAUUAGCGUCGCUCCUAUUGCAUCUGGUCGUAGUGACUGUUUUUCAGGUAGCUGGUUGGUUUCAGCUGCAGCAACAGCCAUGGUUUAAACCAUUUCAAUCAUCAGAUGAAGAUCACCUCGGCUGCUAUGAGAACUACACAAUGUUUGCAAUAUCCAGUUUCCAGUAUAUUAUACUCGCCUUUGUAUUUUCAAAGGGUGCGCCUUAUCGGAAACCCUUGUGGUCAAAUUGGCCACUCUGCUUAACAUUUAUUUUAAACUGUUGCAUCAUAGUCUAUUUGGUUGUUUACCCAAGCGAGUGGGUAGCUAAUUUUUUCCAGCUUAUCGUGCCGCCAGUGAUGAGUUUUCGAUAUAUAAUGCUCAUUUACGGAGCUGCAGCUUUUGUUAUCCAUGUGUUUGUUGAGUCUUUUCUUGUAGAAUACCUAGUAUUUAAAAAAUAUCAAGUGAAGCGAGACCAAAGCUGGUCUAAAUCGAAGCAAGAACACAUGCGCCUGGAGUAUAAUACUACCAAAAAUGAUAACUGGCCACCUAUAACUGAAGUAUAUGAGCCCCACGAGUGUACUGAUUGGGAAGGAGGGCAUCCUACAUAUGUUAGCCUGGGCGCUGAGCAAAGCCUUGAUAUUCAACACAACACCUUUCUAGGAUUUUUUGAUUCGCCGGAUAAUAAUGUUCAUAUAAUAAAACAACCUUCUGUAGAACAGUAACGUUUAACUCCACUCGCAUAUGAAAUUGUACAAAUCUGAUUAGUUUAUCAUACCUCUUUGUAAAUACUUGUGUUUGAAUAAAAAAUUUAAAAUAGGAAUACAUACAUUAUAGUUAACUAUAUAUAAUUGUGUUAGUGGUAGGGAAUUAUUUAUAAGCUACUUUUUUGUCAUAUCUAUUUCAUAAAUGAAGAAUUUGUUCUUGUAUUCGAAGUUGUGAAGGCGCACUGGCGAUAUAUAUAUAUAUAUAGAUAUAUUAUAUAUAUAUAUAUAUAUGUAUAGUUGGUAAUAUAUACUACCUCUGAUUUAGGCCAAAAAGGCACAUUAUAUUUUUUGUAUUAUAAGUAUUAGAAUCGAUGAUUGAAAGGACUUAGAUACGCUUCGAUUGAUUGAAUAAAAUCGUUAUGAACUUA